AUGCUGAAUUUGGCUGUAGGAGCGGAGUACGAAUUUUCAACUCCAAAUUUUGUAAAACUAAAAAGGGAGAUCGUCGAAACUGACCACGAUCAUGUUUCUCAAGAUCAUCAACCACAUCAAAACCAGUCGACUUCACCGAAACCGGACAUACGAAAUGCCGAAUCGACGAAUCCAAAGUCCUUGUCGCACCAUAAAAAUACCAAAACUAUGAAAGAAUCUCCAUUUGUUGGACGUAGCAGUCCUUUAAUGUACAGCGAUGUAUUUAAACAAUCGCCCUAUGUUACUUCGCUACUGCCUAUUCCUUCGUUCGAGUUCCAGAACAACAAGCGAUUGUUGCCAUAUUCUGAUCAUUUAUUUACUAUGUCCGCUGGCUAUAAAGUUACAGGUGACGAUUUCGCUAGACCAUUGAAACAACAAGUUGGUACACACCGUCAGCCAAAAUUUAUUCAGAAUGCAGCAAUAGACGCAAAUCUUCAAAUGCCCGUAUAUAAGACCGUUUACUCGUUGCCGAAAGCCCCAGGAUCGCAAAUUUACGCGGCCAUGCUUCAAAACGAGAAGGCUUCAUUGCCGAUUCUUCAAGUACGAAAAAGUCAAGAGCCACCUUCGUACGUAUCCAGUUUGCAGAGCCAACCACUCGUUUUGAACCCUGUAGACCAUCAGUUCAAUUUCGCAGUCAGAGCACCGAAAGCAAACAGCGUGCAACCGAGCGCACCUUUUCUGUCGCCACUUUCCAGUUUUCAGGGUCAAGUGGUCCCAAUUUCGGCCGCAGCCAACAACGCGCAAUUUCCGCAAUACAAAGGCGCCACGCUGGAGGUCUAUCCAACUGUCAGUGGCUUUUCAACGAUGGCUUAUCAACCUGUCCAAACACAGCCACGGUUACAUUUUCGGCACGAUAACGUUCAGCCCGUGCAACCUGUUGACAAUUUACGUCACUCCAUGCCAGCGGAAGAAAUUCGUUCCGACGUGGAGAUCAUUGACAAACACAAACCUCCGCCUCCGCCCAAAACCGACGACGACGACGACGACGACGACGAUGUCGACGACGACAAGGAUGACGCCGAUGACGACGAAGGUUAUGCACCGCCUGAUAAACAAUACGAAGCGAAUUCGGAAGAAGAAGACGACUACAAAUCUAAUUCUGAAAGAUACUUCAAGACACCACCGGUGCAAGGUAACUUUAAGCCUCCGACGUCGUUUCCUUUCAAGCAAUACGAUGAGAAAUUUGGCAAAUAUUCAAGUCGUUAUCGCGACGAUGAGGUACCAUUUUCCAAAUACCAUUACUCUUCGUCGAGCGAUGACGAUAGCGAUGAAGAGGUACCAACUGGUAAAUAUAAUACGGAUGAGAAAAGUUUGUACAGUAAGCAAGAAGACGAUGGUAAUGAUGAUAGACACGAAAGGCAAAAGACUGAAGAAGAUACGAAUGAUGAUACGAAUACGCCUAAAUAUAGAGAAUUUGAAGCAUCGUAUAGAGCAAAGUCACCGAAACAAAAAUAUAUUUAUUUGAAAGAAGCACCGGAAGUAGAGUAUGGGUCGAGAUUAUCGAAAGGAAACAGGAACAACUACGAAGAUUCUUCAGACCAAGCGAGUCAAGGAAAUUUUAGGUAUUUCAAGAAUUUCCAGAAUUUCAACGACGCUGAAGGGUAUAGUUCUGAUAUUGUAACGAGUUUUAUUACCUAGGA